AAAAAGAAAAAAAUGGAAUAUGACAUACUUCAGUCGAUUAAUCUAAAAGAUUUAUCCCAUUUCAAAUCCUUUACCGACCGUUACUUUAGCAAAAGAUAUGUAUUAAAUGCUAACGGAAUUGCAAACAAUGAUAUAAUGCUUAUGUUCCACUCAAACAGAAUAACACUAUUGAGUCUUGCACCGAGUCAUUUCUUUUUCAAGAAAAGUGAUCAAUACAAAAUUAAUUUUAAUGUUGGCAAUAUUGAUAGAUUAACAAACACUGUAAAAGGCAAAGGAAAGAAGGGUGGACAAAUGUUAACUCCAAAUUCUGUUAUUUGUAAAGUAGAAUAUGAUGACGGCACAACAUUUGAUAUACCAUGCUGCAUGAAGGGUACACUUAUAGAAGUCAAUAAAGAAUUAGCUAAGAAACCUGAACUAUUAAGGGAACAGCCAGAUUCUAGUGGUUUUAUUGCAAUUAUGUUGUCCAGUAUUGCAAUAUCUGAUUCAACAAAAAGUGAGCUUUUAAAUCAUGAAGAGUAUGUUAAAACUUUCAAUGGUUGUUGAUAGUAAGUAGAAAAUAGAUUGUUAAAUAAAGUAAUUAAUUUUUUGUA